UGCGCGGCUCCGCGGAGACGUGCGGGCGCCCGCGUGGCCGGAGUCUGAGGUGGCAGCGGCCUUGCCAACAUGGAGCUGCCGCAGAUUCCGGAGCUGAUGGGGCUGUCGCUGUUGCUCGGGCUGCUGGCCCUGAUGGCGACGGCGGCGGUAGCGCGGGGGUGGCUGCGCGCGGAGGACGAGACGGGCGGCCGGUCCGCGGGCCAAAAAGCAAAUGGAUUUCCACUUGACAAGUCCUUGAGAUCCAAGAAGCAGAAACAACAUCAGCGGAUUCGCAAGGAGAAGCCUCAACAGCACAACUUCACCCACCGCCUUUUGGCUGCAGCACUAAAGAGCCACAGUGGGAACAUAUCUUGCAUGGACUUUAGCAGCAAUGGCAAGUACCUGGCGACCUGCGCAGACGAUCGCACCGUCCGCAUCUGGAGCACCAAGGACUUCCUGCAGCGGGAGCACCGCAGCAUGAGAGCCAACGUGGAGCUGGACCAUGCCACCUUGGUGCGCUUCAGCCCUGACUGCAGAGCCUUCAUCAUCUGGCUGGCCAAUGGAGAGACCCUCCGUGUCUUCAAGAUGACCAAGCGAGAAGAUGGGGGCUAUACCUUCACGGCCACCCCAGAGGACUUUCCUAAAAAGCACAAGGCACCCAUCAUCAACAUUGGCAUUGCUGACACAGGGAAGUUCAUCAUGACUGCUUCCAGUGACACCACUAUCCUCAUCUGGAAUCUGAAAGGUCAGGUGCUGUCAACCAUCAACACCAAUCAGAUGAACAAUAUACAUGCUGCUAUAUCCCCUUGUAGCAGGUUUGUGGCCUCAUGUGGCUUCACUCCGGAUGUAAAAGUUUGGGAAGUCUGCUUUGGGAAAAAGGGGGACUUCCAGGAGGUUGUGCGAGCUUUUGAACUAAAGGGCCACUCUGCAGCCGUCCACUUCUUCGCUUUCUCCAAUGACUCCCGGAGGAUGGCCUCUGUCUCCAAGGAUGGCACGUGGAAACUGUGGGACACAGAUGUGGAAUACAAGAAACAGCAGGAUCCCUACUUGCUGAGGACAGGCUGCUUUGAAGAGGCAAGCACUGUGCCGUGCCGCCUGGCACUCUCCCCUGAUGCCCAGGUCUUGGCCCUGGCCAGUGGCAGCAGUAUUCAUCUCUACAAUACCCGGCGGGGUGAGAAGGAGGAGUCCUUUGAGCAGGUCCAUGGGGAGUGUAUCACUGACUUGUCCUUUGACAUCACUGGUCGGCUUCUGGCCUCCUGUGGGGACCGGGCAGUGCGGCUCUUCCACAACACCCCUGGCCACCGGGCAGUGGUGGAGGAAAUGCAGGGCCUCCUGAAGCGUGCGUCCAACGAGAGUACCCGUCAGAGGCUGCAGCAGCAGCUGACUCAGGCCCAAGAGGCCCUGAAGAGCCUGGGUGUCUUGAAGAAAUGACUUCUGGAGGGUGUGGCAGGAAGGGUCUGGUCUGCUGCCACCACUGCUGCCACUUUUCUUCCCAGGUGCUCCCCAGCUGGAAAUCAUUUGAAAGGAAUAUCCUGAUUUUCUUAAUGGUGGCCCCUCUCUUCUUUUUCCCAUUGAAACUGUUCUUACCUGCUUAGAUCUGUCUUCUUGCUGGUUGUGACUCCUGGCCUUACUUGACCUCCCAGGCUAAUGACCAAGGUGCUUCUCUGUUUCCUGGGCCCAAGAGGUGGAAUUGGUCUUCACCAGGCACUGAGAAGAGUGGUAAAUAGAAGAGAGAGAACGUGGUCUUUGACCUUGUGGCAACACACUCUGGUACCCAAAGAAGUUUGUAAUUGUGGAGGCAAAAGCCAGGAAACACCUGAGUAUUAGACAGCAGUUUUGCAGGGGUGAGAGAUGGGAUAUCUUCCAAUUACACAACUGUGGGAUGGCGUCAGGGAAAGGCUAGACUUAAUCCAGGUCGAGCUGCUAACUCCAUCAAAAAGUAAUAAGGGAUUUCAUUCUGUGCCUCGGUUUUCUUACGUGUAAAAUGGAGAAUAGUCCUCUCCUGACCUCCUUA